UUCAGAGCAUGUUGGAGACUAAUAUGAACCAACUGCUGAAGAGAAGAGGUGAAGCAGAGCACGCCAUCAAAGACCUGGAGUCACUGUAUUCACAAACUCUGACAUCUGCUGCAGAUUUCAGAGAGAGAAUCUCAGACAAGUACAGCAGAAUCCAUGUGGUGCUGGACGCCGACGAGCGUCUGAUGAUGCAGAUUAUAGACGCAGAGGAAACAUACGUGACGGACUGGCUGGAAGCUCAGAGGGACCGCAUGGAGACUCAGAUCAAAGAGAUYGACCGACUCAGAGCCACCAACAAAGCACUUUUCCAGGAAACAAAUGAUCUGCAAUUUCUACAGACAGUAAAUAGGGAUCUGUGUGACCCAGAAAAGCUGAGAACCAUUGAGAGGCUGGUGGAUGACCUGUCGCUCGCUCUGUCCCAACACUUCCCCCGUAUCUGGUCAUAUCUAAGUUCGCCUGCUUUGGAUCCCAGAACAGCCCAUCCCAAACUGGAAAUAUCUGGUGACAGAAAACAAGUUUGCUGGAGACGCCAACCUGUUGGGGAAGCACCGAGUCGCCGACCGUAUGAAUCCCAGUUCAGUGUCCUGGCUCAGGACAGCUUCACCUGUGGCCAGCAUUACUGGGAGGUCAUAGUUCAGGACAAACCCUUCUGGAUGAUAGGCGUGACCACCGGUUUAAACYACACAAAGCAACCCGAGAGCUCCUCCUCCAGCCUGCAUGUGAACAGCACAUCUUGGUGCAUCUAUCAUGGAGAUGGACAGUACCUGGCGUGUCAUGAUACCCAGGAGAAGCAGCUGUCGGUGGAAAAGAGGGUCAGGAAGCUGGGCGUGCUGGCGAACAUCCAGAGGGGGGAGCUGUCGUUCUACGACGCUGACUCCAUGGCYUUGCUCCACUCGUUCUGUGUGCAGUGCUCCCAGCCUCUGUUCCCCAUGUUUAACCCCUGCUUCGAUAUGAAGGGAGUGAAUGAGCAGCCGCUCACUCUGUUCUGGAUUAAAGAACCCUGGAACUGGCAUGAAGAUGAGAAUUAUCCUGAUGAUCACAAAACAGAUUCUUGAUAGUUUUGCUUGAUUUAUCUACAUGAGCUAGACUUACCGUAUUUAUUCGUGUAUAAUACGAUCUGAUGUAUAAUACGACCUCCCUCCUUUUUCGAGCUUAA